AUGAAGUCUCCUCUUUGGUUGUUGACUGUUCUGCUGCCUCUGGCCACUGAGCUAGCAGCUGCAUCUCCGGCCGCGAAUCCUGACCCUGAUUCUCUUGAGUCUCUUGAAUCCUUUGAUGACGCUAAUGAGUUCGAAGAAAGAGACCUAGAGGAUCGUCAGGGAGGCAGUCGUCAGGGAAACAGAUGUCGUAUCAAUAGGCCAUAUUGGUAUUACAAGUAUCCUUGCGAUUCGAGCGACAGGACUGGUCAAGCGAGAGUUGGCAGCCAGUUCAGCGCUACGUGCAGAUACAGGGUUGGGUUCGUAACUCCGACAAACCUCGCGGUUGCGAGGGAAAUUGGGAGCGCCGAUGCUCUUGAAGCUGCCUUCGACGAUCUGUGGUACUUGUAA